GCUUCCGGCCCCUGUCUAGGUGCUGGCUGCUUCCCGAGGUGCGUGUACUUGGUGUCGGGGAUCCUGCGGCCGCACCAGGCGCUCUGCGCCGCGGUUUCCCAGAGGCCUGAGGGCGGCUUGUGAUACCCAGAAGCGGCUCCAAGUCUGGCCCUGCGCGCUCUGCGUCCCUGCCCUCUGUGGAGCGCGUCUUUUGCCCGGCUCCCGGGCAGCGGCGCUAAAAAAGGGGCCGGGGAGGAAACAAGAUCCCGGUUCAAUAGAUUUCUCCGUAGAUCCUGUGCAAUUAAACCUGCGAGCUCACACUUAAAACAAAACAAAAAUGAAGAAAUUAAGACUUAAGGAACUAGAAAGUCGCCUGCAACAAGUGGAUGGAUUCGAAAAGCCCAAGCUACUUCUAGAACAGUAUCCCACCAGGCCGCACAUUGCAGCAUGUAUGCUCUAUACAAUCCAUAACACAUAUGAUGACAUUGAAAAUAAAAUGGUUGCAGAUCUAGGAUGUGGUUGUGGAGUGCUUAGCAUCGGAACUGCAAUGUUAGGAGCUGGGUUGUGUGUUGGAUUUGACAUAGAUGAAGAUGCAUUGGAAAUAUUUAAUAGGAAUGUGGAAGAAUUUGAGUUAACAAAUGUUGACAUGGUUCAAUUUGAUGUGUGCUCAUUAUCUAACAGAAUGUCCAAGUCAUUUGAUACAGUAAUUAUGAAUCCUCCCUUUGGGACCAAAAAUAAUAAAGGAACAGAUAUGGCUUUUCUAAAGACUGCUUUGGAAAUGGCAAGAACAGCAGUAUAUUCUUUACACAAAUCCUCAACUAGAGAACAUAUUCUAAAGAAAGCUGCAGAAUGGAAAAUCAAGAUAAAUAUUAUUGCAGAGCUUCGAUAUGACCUGCCAGCGUCAUACAACUUUCAUAAAAAGAAAUCAGUAAGUCUCUUGAUUUUGGCUUGUCUGCAUUCAGUAUUGAAAAGUUUUGUAAUAAGUAGUUAUUUCUAAUGUUCUCAAGUUGCCUGGAUAAAUACAGAAAGCCAGCCUAGGAGAUAACUGUGGAAAGAGCCCAUAAUCAAUAGCCAAUAGUCUAGUUUUAAAUUUUCUCAAAUGCUUUGUGCACAGAAAGGAAAAAAUAAAAAGUUUUUCCUCUUUUUAAACAGUAUAUAUUUAUUAGUUUCUACUAGUACAUUCUCAUAU